GUGCCAUUAAGGGAAAAUUGCAAGAAUUAGGAGCUUAUGUUGGCUUCAUGGUGUUUUAGAUAAACUUCGCUCUGUUACAACUGAACCCUCUAGCGUGAAGUCAUCCGAUAGCAGCAUCUUUGAUAGUAACGUGCCUUUCAACAAGGGCAGUUUCAGUCGAGGAGAUGAGAGAAGGCACGAAGCUGCGGUACCACCCCUUGCAGUUUCCAGCACCAGGUCUGAAAAAAGAGAUACCAGAGUCUCCACAAGUUCACAGGAACAGAAAAGCACCAGUGUCAGACAGACUUACGAUGAUGGAGCUGCAACCCGACUGAUGUCAACAGUGAAACCUCUGAGGGAGCCCGCACCCUCUGAAGAUGUGAUUGAUAUUAAGCCUGAGCCAGAUGAUCUCAUUGAUGAAGAUCUCAAUUUUGUGCAGGAGAAUGCCUUAUCUCAAAAAAAACCUACAGUGACACUAACGUAUGCAUCUUCUCGCCCCUCUAUUGAAAUUUAUCGGCCACCUGCAAGUCGAAAUGCAGACAGUGGUGCUCAUUUAAACAGGUUGCAAUUUCAACAGCAGCAAAACAGUGUUCAAGCUGCCAAACAAGUCGACACACAGAACAGCCGGGUGUAUGACGCCGGACGCUUGUGUGAACCAGAAGUGCUGAACAGCUUAGACAAGACUUACAGUCCCUUCUUCAGAAACAACUCAGAAAAAAUGAGCAGUGAGGAAGAAAACUUUCGGAAGAGAAAGUUGCCUGUGGUAAGUUCGGUUAUUAAAGUAAAAAAAUUCAGUCACGAUGGAGAAGAAGAGGAGGAAGAUGAUGAUUAUGGCUCGCGAACAGGAAGCGUCUCCAGCAGUGUGUCAGUGCCAGCAAAGCCUGAGAGGAGACCUUCGCUUCCACCUUCUAAACAAGCUAACAAGAAUCUAAUUCUGAAAGCUAUAUCUGAAGCUCAAGAAUCUGUAACAAAAACAACAAACUAUUCUACAGUCCCACAGAAACAGACACUCCCAGUUGCUCCUAGAACUCGAACUUCUCAAGAAGAAUUGCUAGCAGAAGUGGUCCAAGUGCAAAGCAGGCCUCCCAGGAUAAGUCCCCCCAUUAAAGAAGAGGAAACAAAAGGAGAUAAUAUAGAAAAAAGUCAAGGACCUCAACAAAGGCAGUUGCUUUCCCGACUGCAAAUUGAUCCAGUAAUGGCAGAAACUCUGCAUAUCAGUCAAGAUUACUAUGACAUGGAAUCCAUGGUCCAUGCAGACACAAGAUCAUUUAUUCUGAAGAAGCCAAAGCUGUCUGAGGAGAUAGUAGUGGCACCAAACCACGAGUCGGGGAUGAAGACUGCAGAUACCCUUCGGGUACUUUCAGGACACCUUAUGCAGACUCCACGAGAUCUUGUACAACCAGAUAAACCUGCAAGUCCCAAGUUUAUAGUGACGCUGGAUGGUGUCCCCAGCCCCCCAGGAUACAUGUCAGAUCAAGAGGAAGACAUGUGCUUUGAAGGAAUGAAACCAGUAAACCAAACUGCAGCCUCAAACAAGGGACUCAAAGGUCUCCUCCACCCACAGCAGUUGCAGUUGAUGAGCAGGCAGCUUGAGGACCCAAAUGGUAGCUUCUCAAAUGCUGAGAUGAGCGAAUUGAGUGUGGCACAGAAACCAGAAAAGCUUUUGGAGCGCUGCAAGUAUUGGCCUGGCUGUAAAAAUGGAGAUGAGUGUGCUUACCAUCACCCCGUUUCACCUUGCAAAGCCUUUCCCAAUUGUAAAUUUGCUGAAAAAUGUUUGUUUGUUCAUCCAAAUUGUAAAUAUGACGCAAAAUGUACUAAGCCAGAUUGUCCCUUCACUCAUAUGAGUAGAAGAAUCCCAGUACUGCCUCCAAAACCAGCAGUUACAACACCAGCACCACCUUCUAGUACUCAGCUCUGCCGUUACUUCCCUGCUUGUAAGAAAAUGGAAUGUCCUUUCUAUCAUCCAAAACACUGUAGGUUUAACACUCAGUGUACAAGACCUGACUGUGCGUUUUACCAUCCCACCAUUACUGUACCACCACGACAUGCCUUGAAAUGGAUUCGACCUCAAACCAGUGAAUGACACCCAGUCCUACCCGGCAGAAGAUCGUGGGUUUUGAAAGUUGCCAUCUACUGAUGAAAGAUAUUCUACAGAACUUGUCAAAUCUUUGAAACCUGGAAUAUAUUGCUUUCAUAAUAUCAAGUUUAUUGCCUAUCUGAAGUGUCUAAUUUUUCAAGCUUGUAAGGUGUUUAGUGGUUUUAACAUGGAGUGUUUUUUGUUGUUGUUCAUUUUGUUUGUUUUUACUAUGAAAAGACAGUUCAAGGAAAAGCUAAAGUCUUUUGAAACGUGUGAGGCAUGUCUGUACACUGCUAUUUUAAGUAUCAGCAUUUGUAAUGUGGUAUUUUUCAAAAUCCACUGUGAAAACAGAAGCGUGGCCGGAAGUGUUGAGGUGGCUUACAAUAGUCAUUCAGUUCUGUUUGUUUUUUCUUUGUUGUUUGUCUUUUAAGUGAAUUUACUUUGAGAAGCAUACAGGCCUCUCAGGUUGAGUGCCGCUUAGGUAAAAUGGUUCCUCACCUUCUGGGAAAGGACUAGAGAGGUAGAUGUGUAGUGUGAAAACUGUUGGAAUGGCAAGUAUAAAAAAUGUGAACACUUCCUUAAAAUGCUUUCAUUUACUAUUAACAUAUGCUCUUUAAAUAAAUAUUUUGGGGAACUACAUUAUCACAAAAUUAUACAAAUUUUUUUACAAGUAUAUAUAUAUAUCCAUAAAGUAUCAGAAAACAGAUUUUAAACUCACAAGAUAUAGCCAUACAUAUAUAUACUCUUACAUUCUGAAAAAAACAUUCUUCGAAAUAACCUCACAGAAGAUACACUUAGUUACUACUAAAGAUAAUUUUUGAAAUGUAAAAAUUAGAUUUAAAUAGUAUAUUUUAAAUGACAGCUAUAUAAUUAUAGAGAUCGGAUGGGUAAACCUCAAAAUAGGACUAAACUUCUGGACUGUUGAAUUAAUAUACAGAGUUUUGUGUGUAUGGUUUUUAAAAUUGUUAAGGCAAGAAGUGUCAAAUGCUUUAGAAUUAAAUAACCAAUGGAUCACUGAUUUAAAGAUACAUACUUUUUUUUUUUUUUAAAUUAAAGCUACAAAGUAGUUAGAAAAGAAUUAAUGCAAAAUGGAUAAUACAGACUUAGACAUUCUCAGGACCAAAUUAAAUUAGUGCUGUUUUAAAAAAAAAUUCAUUGACUUGCUUAGUCGUGAAGCCAGGGGACAUAAUAAAACCACACGUGUAAAAGAAAGUCCACGUUCAAGAGCAUAAAGCCAGCAGUCAAAGGUUUUGUGGUCUUUUGGUUUUCCAAUGGAGAGGAAAGAAUCAACCAGUUAUUAAACCAUUCUGUAAGUUGCACUUUGCUGUGCUGAUCUCAAAGACUUGACACGUGAGGAAAGACAAAGCACACAGUAGCAUAGAGCUAUCAUGUCGUUAGGCUUAGGUGGAAUGACAAUCCUACUUUCUUUCAGAAGAGUUUACUCCACUGAACUUAAGGCGUUCAUUCCAGAGUUACUAAAUUGAUAACGCUUUACUGUCUCUGCAGAAGUAAUUUGUUUUAAAUUUCUGAAAAUACAGACUCUUUUUAUUAUUUAUACAUGGCAUACAGUUGCAUUCUUAUAGUUCUACUAUAAAGAACAUAAAUGGAAAAAAAAGGGCUUAAGUGGUUUAUUUUAGCCAUUUUACGUCAAGGAAAUAACAUGCUAAAAUCUGACCAUUUUUUGCUAUUUAACAGAGACUACCGGAAAACAUUUAAGAGUGUAAUGUUAUCAUUCAGUUGCUAUGGUUUAUGGACACGCUAAGGUUGACCCUAAAACUUGUGUUGGGUAAUUUGGUCUAAAAUGAACCACCAUAAAAAAGGGUCACAAAAAGGGAUGGGAACGCGUGUGGCUGACAGGCCACAGCUUGUCCCCGAGGGCACAGUGUGUUUUGGCAUGCAUUGAUACAGAGACAGCAACCGGCACUCCAGGUACCAGGAGGCGGCUCAGGUUACCAAUCCAGGAGCUUAAUCAGGUACUGUGCACAAAAAUAAUUAUCUGAGUUUAAAAAACAGUAAUACAGGGCAGAAUCUAAAUGGCCUACUACAUUUAUUAACCUUCCCUUGGUUGAUGGCUGGUACAAGCAGGGUGGUCAGUAGGUGACCUUUAAUCAUGAUCUUCAGCUGUGAAACUGAUUUGUGCCUGAGUGAGUCUGGCUUCUGCCAGGUUGGCCACUUUGAAGAGCAAAAAUGCAGCAGAAGCGAUUUUAUUCUACAUAGUUUCUACCUACACACUAAUGGAAAUGGAGUUUCUCUUUAGCCAAAAGUUGGCAAACUUGACCCAUAAGGAAAAUUUAAAACUGCAACAGCCUCAAAAAAUGGAGUAUUUUUAUGGGAGUGUAGUGUUUAGGAUAUUUUUUUCCUUUAAUUUACUGACAGAAUGGAAAUUUAAUAUUAUGUAUUCUAAAAUUCAGCUUAAUUUAGGAGAACCCACUUACGGGAAUAAUGAAAGAUUAUUAUGUUUCAAGCUUCCGAAUGCCUUAAUAUUUCAGACACAGCUAUUCAGAGCUGUAAAACUGACGAGGUUCAAUCACUGGUGAGGCUUUCUGUGAUAUAAUUCAGUCGCAUCUGUUUUUAAUACUCACAAAUAUUGGACAUAGAAAUUAGGUAUUUGGAACUUUUGUGUGUCCUGUCAAAACAAACGACUUUCCAGAAACCCAAGGGAAGGGGUCUCUUAUGCUGCAAAGAUAACUGACACGAGACCAAUAGUGCAUCUUCAACUUCUUCACACUUAGAAAAAUAUAUAUAUUUUUAAUAGCAGUCUACAUAAUUUCCAAUCUCCAGGAAACUACAGGUAGACUAACAGCAAAUUCCUGGAUGGUUAGGACUGAUCUUUGGCAGCAUUUAAGGUGAACAGGAGUAAGAAUCUGAGAGUUCAGCCUCAACACACCACAAAGGGGUUGUAAUGACAAGUCUCCCAGAUGGACCUGUAUUCAUUCAUUUUGGAUGGGAUCUAUGGUAUGGUAUACAUCUAACGGAACAAAUUUUUCCAAUAGAAAAAACUAUAAAAAUUUUAUUCCAAUAGUUAUUAAAUUGUAUAACUUUAUAAAUGUGAACUUAAUCCUUUCAUUUACAUGUUAAGCAAAUGUUUAUAUGAGAUUAUACAUCUACCAAUAUAUUGAGUAUUCUCUUCCAGUUAAAUGCUACUGCUGCCUAAAACCUUAAAAACUGUACACCAUUGGAAAUGACUGUUUAUCGUACUGCUUUUCCACUAAUGAGGCUACUAUCAUGUUUUUUCAAUUAUAGAGAUGGCUUUUGAACAUAAGAUUGACAGUAGCUCAAGAAUGAAAAUACAGUAAUCAUACACUACUACCUUUACAUCUAUUCCUGAAUUCAAAACUGCCAGGAGAAAAGUGUCCUUUAUAAAAAGCUUUAUUAAUGCUUAAGAAGCAUUGUACUCUCUAAGUAAAGCUUGUGUCUGUCUCCUUACGGAAAACAAUAUUUGCCUUUUAAAAACUGAUCUUUUAUAGUGGUGGUGGUGUUUCACUGUGGAAAUGCAAGGAUAAAAUAUUUCAUUAAACGAUGAACCUUGAAAAUAAACUAUGAAUGCUGAGAACACAAUUUUGCUUUAAAAAAAAAAAAAGAGAAAU